AACCCACGUCGUGAUGUAAGACAGACCCGUCUGUAGAUCGGUCAGGUUAACCAACCUUAAAAAUGACAGACUACACGUUCACUAUCAUUGCAGGGCUCGUGGUGAUUCUGUUGGCUUUAGUCUCGCUCUACUGGUCGAAUUACAAGUCUCGGCAAACUAGUACGGUCCAAGGCUCAGAGAAGAUUCCAGGACUAAAACCAAAACAUCCAAAACAAGGAAACUUGGACGAUGUCAAGGCACAUAGAAGUAUGCAGGAGUUUCUUGUGUGGCUUCAUCAGGAAUUCGGCCCCGUCGCCAAGUUUUGGUACGGAGAACAGUUUGUGGUGAGCGUAGCCUCACCAGAGCUGCUGAAACAGCAUGGCAACUUGUUCGAUAGACCUGAUUUAUUUCUGAAAUCCGCUGAGGCAAUUCUUGAGCCGCAGAGCGUUCAGUUCACCAACGGCGAGGAGGGGAGGCGAAGGAGAAGAAUUUACGACAAAUGCUACAGCCAUGCCAUCGUGAUGGACUUCCUGCCAACUGUACAACAGCAUUGUGAAGAGCUGAUAGAGCGCUGGGCCGGCUACCCCCCAGGUCAACACAUCGACUGCAGUGAGGAAGGCCAGGAAAUUAUCGUGAAGAUUGCCGCUGAGAACGCGAUUGGGGCUGAUUUCUUUCAAGAUGAACAACACCUGAAGGAACUAGUCAGGGCCUUAAAAACGGCGGACAAAGACUUGACGGACCGUCUUCUGGACUCACAGCGAGGCAGCAGUGUGGAGUUUGAGAACGCAAAGAAAUACAUCUUCUCCGCUGUGAAGACAGCUGUUGACAGAAGAAAAAGUGGAAUAAGACCACCAUCUGGCGGCCAAGUUCUUGACGCCAUGUUGGAAAACAACCUACCUGUUCACGUGAUCCUCAGUGACCUAGUAACAAUGAUCUUUGGGGGUAUGAUCACUCCCCUGAACAGUGAGUUUGAAUUUAUGAUGAAAGAAAUUAAGAUGGUGAACAAGAAAAGUUAAUGAAUUUAAAGGAAAGU